GUCUCUGUUUGGGUGAGUUUUAGACCCGGGACGGGGACCAGGAGGACCAGGAGGACCAGAGACCAGGUCCACGGACCAGGUGGACCAGAGACAAGGACCACACACUAGGGCUGGAGACCAGGUCCAGACAAGGAACACCAGAGACCAGGAGGACCAGAGACCAGGACCAGCCCAGGAGGACCAGAAUCCCGGAUCCGCCUUCAUCUCUGUUCCGGAUCAGUGGACUUGACCGGGGUACCAGAGUCCCGGAUCCGUCUCAGGUUCCGGUCCGGUCCGGCUCGUGCAGUCAUGUGUCUCCGGACCGGGCUCGUGCUGGUACCGGUGCUGUUUGGGCUCGCGCUGGGGGACGUGGCUCCGCCCACGAUCAACGUGAGCCUGGACCAGGACCCGGAGGUCCGAUGGAAGCCCCUCAUGGACAUCUACGACCCGGACUACCUGAGGGAGGCGUCCGCUGAGGUCAUAGACUCUACCAUCCCCAAAUGGAUGCAUCAUGCAGUGAUUCCCAUUGUGACGGCCUUGGAGAAGUUUGUUCCUCAGCCGUAUGCGGGGGAGAUCCGCGGCAUCGCCUCGCUCCUCAAAGGAAACUUGGCCGACGCUGUCAUGCUCAAUUUCGCAUAUGAAGUGUCAGCAUUCUGCACCAGCAUCGUGGCUCAGGACACAAAGGGACACGUGUACCACGGCAGGAACCUGGAUUAUCCACAUCCUGUCCUCAGGAAUCUGACCAUCAACAUCAAUUUCCUCAAGAAUGGAAAGGUGGCGUAUCAAGGAACGUCUUUUGCCGGAUACGUUGGGCUGUGGACGGGACAGAGUCCACAUAAGUUCACUGUGUCUGGAGACCAGCGAGGUACUGAACACUGGUGGAACUGGUGGAAGAAUGUGGUGUCUGCAUUCCUGUUUCGGCGUUCUCCGGUCAGCUGGUUGGUGAGAGAGACGCUGGAGGACGCCGAGGACUUCACGGACGCCGUCAUGCGUCUCUCCAAAACCCCCAUCAUCGCUGGCGUGUAUUACAUAGUGGGCGGGGUCAGAGCCGGGGAGGGCGUGGUCAUCACCAGAGACCGGGCGGGCCCCGUGGAUAUCUGGCCCCUGGAGCCCCUGAACGGAGGAUGGUUCAGAGUCGAGACCAACUUUGACCACUGGCGUCCGACCCCCUCAAGAGAUCAUCGGCGGGAAGUUGCCAAUAAAGCGUUAAACACCACCGGGCAAAAUAACAUCAACAUGCACACGCUUUAUAAGGUUUUGUCGCUCUCUCCAGUGUGUAACGGAAUUACUGUCUAUACAACCAUGAUGAGCGCAGCGUCCCCUGACAACUACAAGACACUGGUCAGAGCAAAGGGUUGUCCCUGGAUGGAUUGAACAGAAACACCAAGCAGUGAGGCAGAUUCUUUUCUGCUGAGUCGUCGUGUCUGAACUUCAGCUGCUUUACCUGCACAUUCUUAAUCCUUUUGCUUAAUAAAUGUGAAUGUAAACGGGAGGACGAGGGGUUAAAUUCAGGGUGAUUCUGCUUUUCUAGCUCUUCUUACAAAGAAAAGUCUAAUUAUUUUUGUGACCUAAUGUAUCUAAUUCAUGCAAUAAGCGGAAUAAAAUUUUGUUACUUGUU